AUCUAGGUAAAAUGUUUGGGAACUCUGAGUUUUAAUCUCAACGAAAAUAGAACAAAAGCAGUGAUAACAAAGAAUCCGUCCUCGUAAAAAUAUCAAAACUUUAGACAUCUCAUUUGACAGAAAAGACUGCUGUUAAGAAUACGAUGUAGAUUUUCGGUGAACGUCUCCAGUUCACUACAAGGCCUUUGUUGGAGCUCUUGACAGUAGCUGGAGCACUUGAGAAACUCGCAUCACAACAAAAUUAUUUGAGGCACAUAUUAUCAAAUCUUUUCUGGGGUCGAAUUCAGAGUUUUGAUCAUGUUCACAACGAAAGUCAGCGCAGACACAAAAUCAGCACUUUUAAACAAAUCGCGAGCAGAUCGAGAGCGGCGAGAACAGGAAAAACAGCAAACAAUCUCCGUCAUCAUAAUCCAGAAACACUUCCGACGCUUCCUCUCAAAUCGUGACCUCAGAAACCGUUACCUAGCCGAGCUGAAAAACCUCAGUGCCACUUGCACCGCAGCUGAAAUGUUGGCAGCGUUCCAGAAAGUCCAGUACACGUCACGUAGCCAUGAAGAUGGUCACGUGCUGUGUGACAUGUGCCGAAGAGCGUUAGACAGUCUGGAGUCGGGAAGGAAAGAGCGGUGGUAUGUGUCUUUAGCCGUUUCUAAGAGCUGCAAAGCGUGGUUGUCCCAAGUUGGGCGGUUGUUGGAGGGAACUCUUAUAGACCUCGAUAACCAUGUGGAUAUCACUUCUACAUCAGGUCGUGAACGACUCUCAGUGUACCUCAGAUUUUACAUUGCCAUGUGUGAUCCUUUUUCUUGGAAGUUGUACUCAGCAGUAAAAUCAAAUCAACUGUACGGACAGCUCCUCGAGAAGUUCUCUACUAAUUUCUAUUCUAAUCUUAUAUCAGGUGGUAUCCUGAACGCGCUACAACACCUCCUACUGAAGAACGUGUCCCGCUCAGAGCCUGUGCUCCCCACCUCCCUGAUGUGCCUGUUGUCAGACCUCGUCAUGCUUGUUUUCCAGAAGUCUAACUUCGACGAGUCCAUUUGGCUGGCAAUGUGGCUCAGUGUUUUCUCCACCCCGUCUUUGAUAAGCCGGUUAAAGCCAGGUCACAUGACCCAACUAACCGAGUACACUCUCACUGCACUGAUGAGUUUAACAGCCAACACUGAUAAGAUCAUAGACACCUGCUCUAAAGAGCAGAUUCUAUUUCUCCUCCUCAACUCAGUGCAUCUCCUUUAUCAGGCACUCAAAGGAGGAAUGGUGAUAAAGUAUCCCACAAUAAUAAGGACUUUGUUCACGCUGUUACGGGACGCUGGAAAGAUGGUGUCCCCUAAAGCUGCGCACUGGCACCCUUUGUUAGGAAUGUGUGACACAGCCGUGUCACCUCAACUAACCAACUCACUCCAGCUCCUUACCAUUCAAAUCAGACUGCUUCACUCACAGCUCUUCAAGAAGUUCUUUUUCCAGGAUUUGCUAGAAGCAGAGUUCUCUACGAGCAGUAAGUUGCUCGGCACCACCAGGGCGGUCUCCUGGAAGCAGCUCUUCUCCGGCAAGUGCGAAUCCCGGCUACUCCUCCACGUUAGCGCGGUCUGCUCCCUCUACAACGUCGUCAUCAAAACAUUCCAUCUCUACAAAACAGACAUCCUAAUGUCACUCUGCUGUUUCCCUGACUUCCUCUCCUCCCUCUGGAAGCUGGUCUACACGGAACACUCCCAGUCUAGCAGGACGCUAGCCAGGAACAUGGCCACCGAACAAACCACCGACCCCUUUGUGCCGCUGUUGCUGCUGUUUUGUUCCUGUUUCGGGCAAUAUUUUGUGGUCUUAUCAGAUAGCGAGAUCUACGAACAGGAGCAACCGUUCUCUCUCAAGCAGCUCGGUACUAUUGGGGAUUUCGUGAACAGUAUGUUGUUUAACAUCAUCUGGAACCACUAUGAUGAACUCAAGAAUGCUACUGUUUUAGAGCGCGUAUCCACCUGCCAUGGUUUGUUGAUACUCCUACACGAACGAGAUGAGCGUAAGCGCUACACCGCCACCAAAUUCUGGACCCCCAAGGACGCAUCUCCUGCUGCCAUCAUUGCUGAACUCAAAGCAGGAAAAGGUCGCGCUCACAAGAUUACAGACUUUAUACCUUGGGUUUUACCGAACAAGAAAAAACUAGAGUACUUACAGGGGCUUAUCAAACAGGAAAAAGCACUGAAACGCUCUGAAGACCGACGAGGAAUGGAAUGUAAAACAAUCCUAAUUAAAAUACACCGGAGACGGCUGUUUGAGGACGGUUUUCAACACAUGAAGUCAAUACCUGAUGACGUUCUCACGCACCAUGUCAAGAUUAUGUUCGUUAAUGAGCUAGGACUAGACGAAGUAGGUAUAGAUCAGGACGGUGUUCUGAAAGAGUUUCUAGAGGAGACGAUACGUCACGCCCUGAACCCCUCAUUUGGUCUCUUCAGUGUGACGGAGGAGAAUAAGUGGCUUUACCCCUCACCCCUCAGCAAAGUUCACUACGAACACCUUGACUUGUUCCAUUAUGUUGGAAGAAUCAUAGCUAAAGCAGUGUACGAGGGUAUUGUUGUUGACCUUAGUUUUGCUCCAUUUUUCAUCCGACAACUGCUCCACAACAAGAACGCUUUGUUCAGCUACCUGGACGAGCUGCCUAGUUUAGACUCAGAACUUCAUAAGAAUCUCAUGUUUAUCAAGAGUUACCAGGGAGACAUUCAGGAUCUUGGUCUAACGUUCUCGGUUGACGAGCAAGAGUUCGGGAAGAUAGUAACAGAGGAACUAAUGCCCGGCGGGAGCUUCACCCCCGUUACCAGCACCAAUAGAAUCAGCUAUAUUCACCAGAUAGCGCACUAUAAGAUGUAUACACAGAUACACAAACAGACUAAAGCCUUCUGCGCUGGCUUCAGAGGGAUUGUCAAUGACGAUUGGUUGAGAAUGUUUUCACUACCCGAGUUACAAAAACUAAUCUCUGGCGACUGCUCUUCUAUCGAUUUAACAGAUUUGAAAAAGAAUGUACGGUAUUUGGGCGGUUACCACGGAAACCAUCGAGUGAUCCUAUGGUUCUGGGAUAUAACACUGAACGAGUUCACAGAAGAAGAGAAAUCAGCACUGUUAAAGUUUGUGACAAGUUGCAGUAGACCUCCUCUCAUGGGUUUCUCUUCUAUGUCUCCUCCUUUUUCUAUUAGAGCUGUGGACGAGAGCGAGGAAGCUACAGAUAUGACACCAGGACAAGCGUUACGGAGCUCAUUCAAGAGUUUCCUGGGACUACAACAAGGUUCCAGUUCGGGUAACUGCCGCCUCCCCACCUCCUCGACAUGUUUCAACUUGUUGAAGCUACCCGUGUAUCGCAGUAAGGCCACGCUUCGGGAGAAACUCAGAUAUGCUAUUAACUGCGGGGCAGGCUUCGAGUUGAGUUGACCUGGAAUUCUGUCCAAUAUUGUACAUAGUUUAACCUCACCUGAAUGUGAUGUUUCUUGUUUUUUUUUGUUUUUUUUUCUACCUGUAGCACACAGAUACAGUGACAUGUUUCUAGAUGAAAUUAGAACCUUUGAUAAUUUUGAAAUUAUGAUUUAGUUUCAGAAAUUUAUUAGAAUUUAGAAUGGUAUUGAUUGAAUUAGACAAGUUGUACCUAAUUUUGAGAUAAACUUCUUGUAGCAACGGUUGCUUGAAUUGAGCUACAUAUCGGAAAAUGAGCUUUUAUCUUAGAAGAUACUGAAAUUCGAUUCCAGAUCUCAAUUCAGUUAAUACAAAUUAACGAUUUUCCUUAAAUUAUUAAUGAGUUUAGAUUACUGCGGAAGAGAAAUAUUCAUUCAACUUUAAGUUGAAUGAAUGUAAUACAUUCAUCAGAUGCAAUCUUUUUUGGUCUCCACUUUUGGUCGACCGAUUAAGGACGUUUGGGUUGUCAACGGUCACACGAAACCCUAACAACGCCAGAGGGCUAUUCAAACCAUCACUUAAUGAUAUUUACAAUUUAGACCCACUACACGAUUCACUCUCAAAUAAAUGAGUGGCAAAGCUACUGAGUAUAAUAUAUGUAGCUAAUUAUCAGUGAGUCCAUUAGUUGUUCAUUCUUUUUCUCGAUUGUUUUUUUACAAAAUCUACUAAAAGA